AUGGAAGGUUUUAGUAAACACAAGGUUAAGGCAAAAUCUGAUGAUAAGUUUGUUCUUGCUACCAUCUCUCGCUCUCUCUCUCUGGGACAUCAUUUGGCGGAGCGGUGUGGGGUUUCUCCGGCGUCUUUGGGGAGUAAUUAUCUUAUAAUCAUGAGUGCUAACGGCGGUUCGCAGACUCCUCCAUCUUCAUCACAAUCACCGCCACCAAAUUCUGGGUCACCACCUCCGUCAUCUCCACCUCCGUCAUCAUCAUCAUCACCACCUCCAUCAUCACCACCUCUAUCGUCGCCACCUCCUUCGAAGUCGUCCCCACCACCACCUUCUUCUCCACCUCCAUCUUCAUCAUCAUCUCCACCUCCAUCGUCGCCACCACCACCUUCUUCAUCAUCAUCAUCAUCUCCACCUCCNAUCUCUCGCUCUCUCUCUCUGGUAUGGACAUCAUUUGGCGGAGCGGUGUGGGGUUUCUCCGGCGUCUUUGGAGAGUAA